AUGAGUGACUGGGGUAAGUUGGGUUGGGUAUAAUCGUCACACUGAGCUACGGACCCAGGGUAGCUGAUGCGAUCCUUCACUGUGUUGCUACGCCAUUCCACCGCCGGUCCUCAGACGCGAGCGACGACGAGACGACCAAGAGUGCCGCGUCCAUUGUUGCCCCCAAGGCACCGAUCAAGUCCAAGUUCGCCGACGAGGACGCUUCAGAUGAUGAUGUAAAGGUCAGUCGUGUCCCAAGUGAGGAGGCCGAAGUAGCGAGUGCUCGCGAAACUGACGCUUGUCGGAUCCGGCACACGCUCCUGUCUCGGGGUCCCCACGCGCUCGUAGGAUGACUGGGAUGCUUCGGAUGACGAGGAAGACGACAAGCCCAAGAAACCGGCCGGACCUGCACCACCUGUUCGAGCCAAGGGUAUCACGAAGCAAAAGAUCGCAGAGAAGGAGGCCGCAGAACAGGCCAAGAAGGCCGCUUUGGCUGCCAAGGUGCGUAGAGACGGGAUUGUAGGACAUGUACCGAAGAUGGAUGAGCUUUGCAGACGCUAACUGAGCUCUCCGUAACUCCAGGCCCGAGAAGAAGGUGAUCCCGCUGCACGAAGGGCAAGGGAACGAGCGGCCAUGCUCAAGGCCGAUAUGGAGAAUGCGACCGCUCUCUUUGGCGCUAGUUCGGUCAACGGUCGGUCUUGAUCUCUGAAAAGGUUGCAGCCUCGAAAGCACACGAACUAAUCAAGGAAGCUUGCAUGGGUAUCUAGACAGCGACCCCUUCUCGCAACCGCUGGUGACCAAGGUCGACGCCGAAACGGUCGCCACCUCGCUCGCCCAGCAACUCGUCAACGCUUACUCGGGAUCGCCCGUCUACACCGCCUUUCUCGAGAGCUUCGUGCGAUCGAUCUGCGGGCCCUUGAACGACUUCGACGUCAAGGCCGUCGGAUCAAAACUGACCACACUGGCGAACGAGAAGCAAAAGGCUCAGAAGGAGGCGCAGGGAGGUGGAAAGAAGAAGAAGGGAGCGGCCAAGCCCAUGCUGGGUGCGAGCAAGACGUUGGGUAUGGGUAGGGCCGAUACGGGAGCGUAUGACGAGGUGUUGGACGAUUCGGGGGAUUACGACGAUUUCGUGAGUGCUUUCGUUUCGUUUCGUUGCCUUUGCUUUGCUGCGGCUAGAAAGGUCACAUGACCUACAGCCGAGUCUCGGGACUCCGGACUGACGUGGCCGCUGGACGCGGCUAUGACGACUCGGCGUAA